AUGUUUGUCGACAAUAGCAAGACCCUCGAUGACCUUUCAAAUGUUCUCGCUUGUUCAAGACAUUUGAAAAAAGCUCCUCAGGCCAAGACUCAGUGGUAUGCGGAGCUCAAAGAAAAUGAGGUGGAACGUCAGAUUUCAUCCAAGCUGGAUAAAUUCAAGCACCUCAAUAAACCUGACGCACCGAGUAAUAUAAGCGGAGAUUCUGUCUCUUCCACACAAGUACCGAUCCUUGAAUUCGUGCAUUUCACCCCUAGCGUGGCUGAUGUUAUCACCGAUUUAUUAUGCAAGAAACUGGAACGCAAGGAUAUGGCUCAGGGCUGGAUAUAUGUCUUCUCCAGCACCAUUACGCCUUCUGGAAUGCUGAAAAUUGGAUUCUCAGGGCGCGACCCAACGACAAGUCGCUUUCGAGCUCAUAAGUCCUGCUAUCAUGAUGUCCACAUGGUCGAGAUACAGUCCGAUGUACCCCACGCUUAUCGGGUGGAGCAGCUUGUGCUGAAGGAACUUUCCCCAUAUCGCCGCAGAAUGAGAGAACCGUGUUUGCAUUGCACAUUUUAUCAUGGGGAAUGGCUUCAGAUUGAGCAGCAGAAGCUGCUGAAAACUUUGAAUAAAUGGAUCAAGUUUGUUAAAAGCGAACCAUACGACUCUGACGGAAAUUUGAUUGCGGACACGAAGUUGCCCCCUCCUGCUUUGAAACAAUACCAGCGCCAUACACCUAGAAAGUCUAGGAAAUCUCAGGUUUCUCCUGAAUUGGACGUUGAACAGUUGACUGCAUCGGUUAGUCAGAUGAAGAUUGGCGAUGACCAGGAUGGAAGUAUGGGCAAUUGCUCAAUACAAUGA